GUCUUUUCAAAUUGGAAUUUUGUAUAUGAAUUUGGCAUCGGAAUGUAGCGAAUUCGACUGCCUUAUCACCAACAUUAUUGGAAAAAAGGCAUACUACAUAUAACAUUUUCAUUGAAAAAAAAACAAAAAAAACACGUUCAUCGUACUCACAGAUCGUACUUAGAUAGAUGCUCAGUCACGGUUGAUGAGUUUGAAUGGCCCACCCAGCAUGAAACAAAUGUCAAUAUCGACUAUCGAAGUGGUCAAGUUCGAAGGCAUAAAGUAGGUCUAGGUACCUACAUUAUCUUUUAAAUAAAGAAUUAAAAUUACAGGUAACUGAGAAUAUUUUGUCAUAAAAAUCACGUCGUUUCUUUUUGACAAUAAUUUAUGGCAUUGAUUAACUCAUUCGUUUAAAUUUCGCUACCGCACAUGGCAUCUAAUUGAGAGAAUAAAUUAGACAUACUGAAAACAAAAAAACAGCAACUACCUAUUCAAAUCCUACGUGAGAUAUGUAGUUCGAAUUAGUAUGUUUUUUUUUUCAGUUUCAGAAAAUCAUUGCGAACGUGUUCGAACGUAAGUAAAUGGUAAAAAUAAGUCGUAAUAGGCGUAUUAGUUCGAUUUCUCAGUUGAAAAAAAAUUACCGAUUUUCUCGACAUGGAGUUUCGAUUGUGUUUUUAUUGUUCGUUACUUGUGUUUUUAAACAUUAUAAUUUUCGUUCACAGUUUCGAAAUUCCAUUUCAUGCCGAGUUCACCCGCAUGAAGGACGCUUUAGAAAAUAUUUUCACACCCUCCAGCCCAUCUAAUUGCAUUGAGGGCGAACAAGCAGUUAAACUGAACAACUGGUUAGUUCGAGAACAUAAUGAAUACAGAAAACGACACGGCAUACCUCCCCUGGAACCUGAUACAAAUUUGAUGAAUGGUUCGAUAGAAUGGUCUAAAAAAUUAACCUCGAAGGGCAGAAUGAAACAUAGUUCGGCGAAUGGUCAUUAUGGAGAAAAUUUGUUUUGGACUUCUCGACCAGGUCCCUCGAUCCCGCAUCAGUCGACUUACGACCCGGUUAAAUCAUGGUACGAUGAGAUACAAAUGUAUCGAGGAGGUUUCUCGAAAGACACAGGCCAUUACACUCAAGUAGUGUGGAAAAAUUCGCGCAGAGUUGGUUGCGGAAUAUGUGGAAAUUCUCGAGGCACUUUUGUCACUUGCAGAUACUUUCCUCCAGGUAAUUACGAAGGGCAGUUCGCCGAAAACGUGCCUCCACCGAGAUCUAAUCAUGGUUGAGAUCUGAACUCCUGUAAUGAAAUUACAAUCAGUUGAAAUGGUGAAUGUAUCAAUCGGUUCAUACACAUCGCAUAUGUAUUAUAAUGCAUCAAUAAGCUGUAGGUAAUUAUCCAGAGAUCAACGUAAGUUAUAAAUCACUGACAGAAAUAUAUACUCUUCUAGCAUUCUGAAUAAUAUUGUGAUUUUCUAAAAUAUAUGAAUUUUAUCAUGUAGCAAUU